AUGGCACCUAGACGGGGUGGAGGAGGCAUCUUCAGUGGAGGCUCGUCCGCCUCAUGCUCAAGCUCCGCCUUUACAUCGGAGCUCCCUAGGAUCGAUCUAGGAUACUUGGCUACCUAUCUCUUCAUUGAUCUCGUCUUGCUUUGGGUGGCCGCGCGCAAACUUUUCAGGUUUAAACAUAGUAAUAAACCUCCUGGCCGCUGGCUUCUCAUGCUGUCGAUCAUCCCGAGGGUCUGCGCUCACGCAUGGAGUCUGCUUUUCCUCGUCCUCGACCAAUGCCUUAUUACAACACCCGAACUAACUGUAAAGCUGGCACUCGUCUCUACCUUUUUGCAUGUUAUCGCAAUUUCCUUGCUGGUUGGGGCGCUCAUGGUUUCGAUAUGCAAACGCCUCCACCAGAUUGCGAACAUGUCUCCAAGGCUAAUUGCUAUACUUCACGGCCUCUGGACAGGCGGUUUCGCCGGUUCCUACCUCAUUGCGAUGUGCAUUUACGCCGCGGAAGCCGUCCAGCAAUUCGAAUAUUCGAGCUCCUUCAGCAGCAGCCCGGCUUUAGAGAGUUUGGCAAGGGCGAGGAACGGGCUGAUGAUCCUCGCUGGGGUUCUAUUCGUGGCUGGGAUGCUCUCAACUGCCUACACCUUGCUGUCAGCGAUGUCUCGUGGCUCAAACCUAAAAACCAGCUCUCUCCGCCGCUAUGCCCCAUUCCUAGCAGCGACCUGCGUCGGUUUUGCGGCUACCUUUCUUGCCGAGCAGAUCGUGACGUAUCGCUUGUUGAGAGGCACGUACGUAACGCCUGACAGCUACUACGCAGUUCGGUUCCUCUACAUGUUCUUUUACAGCGCGUCAUUCUUGCUCGCUGUGCUUAUCGUGACAUCCCCUGCCUUGGCGAACAAUGAGCCUCCAGGUGUCGUCCAGGAGACGUUUCAACAACAACCAGCAGCAUCCUAUGCAUAUCCAGUCCAGCCAAACCCGCCAGGUCCAAACGUCCCGCUCAUGCAACAGUAUCCUCAGCAAUCGUAUCCUCCUGUCCCUCCGGUGCAGCCAUAUCAGGCAAACCAGCAGCCGUAUGAUCCUCAUAGUCCUCGGCCACCGGCCGCUUACUACUAA